AUGUUGCAGUUCAACAUGCAGCGACAGUUUCCUUUCCUAAAACAUAAAGACAGAGAGAGAGAAGCACCAAACAUCCUCCUGCAACCCAACAAGGGGAAGGAUAAUGAAGGCAUGCACAUAGACAAGCCAAGUGGCUUUUCUACUACUGCUCCAUUGAACUCCCAGCCCCUACUGCUCCUGGGACCUGAGGGGAAUUACAACUAUUAUGUGGAUGAUGAAGAUGAGGAAGAGGAAGAGAAAGAACAAGGAAAACGACCAAGCAGGGUCACAUUUGAGGGAGAAAACAUGCCAUCACCAUCCGUUCCAUGCUCCCCUGCGCUUUCUUCUGAAGCCCCAGCCACGGCUUCAUCCAUGCUCAACAUCAACGUCGGUGGCCAAAGCUACCGCCUCACCUACCAGGCAGUGGCCAUCUAUCCCAAGACCCGCCUGGGCCGCCUGGCCACGUCCACUGACCGUCGCUGCCAGUUGGGCUUGUGCGAUGAUUAUGCUGCCCAGGUAGAUGAGUAUUUCUUUGAUCGGGACCCAGCCGUCUUCCAACUGGUGUACAACUUCUAUGCCUCAGGGGUGCUGCGUGUGCGGGACGAGCUGUGCCCCCGUAGCUUCCUGGAGGAGCUGAGCUACUGGGGUGUACGGCUCAAGUACACCCCUCGCUGCUGCCGCAUCUGCUUUGAGGAGCGCCGUGAUGAGCUGAGCGAGCAGCUGAAGGUCCAGCGUGAGCUGCGCUCCCAGGCAGAGGCUCAGGAGAAUGAGCAGCUCUUCCACCACAUGCGCUACUACGGUCCCCAGCGCUGGCGCCUCUGGAACCUCAUGGAGAAGCCCUUCUCCUCUGUUACCGCCAAGGUGAUGGCGGUAGCCUCCAGCUUCUUUGUGCUCAUCUCCGUGGUGGCCCUGGCGCUCAACACAGUGGAGGAGAUGCAGCAGGUAGACCGGAAGAGUGGGGAGAGCCGGCCUGUCUUGGAGCACAUUGAGACACUGUGCAUCGUGUUCUUCACGCUAGAGUAUCUGCUGCGCUUGCUCUCUACCCCAGACCUGCGCCGCUUUGCCAGCAGUGCCCUCAACGCAGUAGACCUCAUCGCCAUUCUGCCCCUCUAUCUGCAGCUGCUGCUCGAAUGCUUUGCUGACGAUGACCAGCCCCGUGGCCGGGGCUCUCAGCACGAGCACGAUAUUGAGAAGGUGGGGCGAGUGGGCAAGGUGGGACAGGUGCUUCGCAUCAUGCGCCUCAUGCGCAUCUUCCGCAUCCUCAAACUGGCCCGCCACUCCACGGGGCUGCGUGCCUUCGGCUUUACCUUGCGCCAGUGCUACCAGCAGGUGGGCUGCCUCUUGCUCUUCAUUGCCAUGGGCAUCUUCGCCUUCUCUGCCAUGGUCUACACAGUGGAGCAUGACGUCUCCAGUACCAACUUCACCAGCAUCCCCCAUGCUUGGUGGUGGGCUGCCGUCAGCAUCUCUACAGUGGGAUAUGGAGACAUGUGUCCAGAAACCCACCUUGGCCGCCUGUUUGCUUUCCUCUGCAUUGCAUUUGGAAUCAUCCUGAAUGGCAUGCCCAUCUCCAUUCUCUACAACAAGUUCUCAGACUAUUACAGCAAGUUGAAGGCCUAUGAGUACACAGCUCUCAAGAAAGAAAGGGGGAAGGUGGACUUCACACGGAGAGCCAUGAAAAAGCUAUCUGAGUGCUGUGGAGAAGGGGCAUCCCAUCCUUUGUCACAACACUGA